GGUCGCUGGAGAGCGCCGUAGAGAGGGGCAGCGGCAAGGACAUGAGGAGCAUUCAAUCCUCCCUGCCCAAGGCUGGCAUCGGGGCUGGAGGCGAUCUGCGACGCUGAAGGUUGCGAGUGGGGCGCCACCGCCGGAGGGCAGCUCGAUGGCCAGGGAGGAGUGCAAGGCGCUGCUGGACGCUCUCAAUAAGACCACGGCUUGCUACCAUCACCUGGUGCUGACUGUGGGCGGCUCCGCGGACACGCAGGACCUACGCGAGGAGCUACAGAAGACCCGCCAGAAAGCGCGCGAGCUGGCCGUGGCCACCGGCGCCCGGUUGACCGUCGCGCUGCGCGACCGGAGCUUAGCUACCGAGGAGCGCGCGGAGUUUGAGCGGCUCUGGGUGGCCUUUUCGGGCUGCCUGGACCUGCUCGAGGCCGACAUGCAGCGCGCCCUGGCUCUGGGAGCUUCCUUCCCACUGCACGCGCCGCGCCGGCCGCUCGUGCGCACAGGGGUGGCGGGCGGCUCCUCCGCGGUAGCCGCGCGCGCCCUGAGCGCCCGCAGCCUGCGGCACGAAGCCGAGGGAGACUUCGACGUCGCCGAUCUGCCCCAGUUGGAGCGCGAAGUCCUCCAGGUGGCCGAGAUGAUCGACGACAUGGAAAUGAAAGUCAACGUUCCCCGCUGGACUGUACAGGCACGGCAGGCAGCGGGCGCGGAACUCCUGUCCGGUGCCAGUGCCGGUGCGUCCUCCGCCGGAGGCAUAUCAGUGGAGGAGCGCGCUGGACUCUGCGACCCUAGCAAGGCCCUGGCCGCCACCGUUUUCAGCGCCGUGCUGCUGGUGGCUGUGGCCCUCGCCUUAUGUGUGGCAAAGCUGAGCUGACUGGCAUCCUACGUCAAUAUGCUGCCCCUUUUCUUUCUAGGGCAUGGGCGUGAAGUCUGGCCUGUUGAGGGGAGAGGUAGUGAAUCCGUGUGUG